GACCCAGAUGAUUUUGGAGAAUCCCUCAUCAUCAAAUACACUGAAGGCAAGAGCAGUGCUACAAAUGUACAAGAAUUGGCUGCAGGGGCAAUGUCAUGGUGUGCAUCUACUGGUGGCAAAGCCAACAAAGGAGACCUGGUCAAGAAGCUCUCAAGAUUAGGGGCCUCUGGUGCACACGUGCAAAAUGCAGAGAGGGACCUGCAGAGAACUAUCUCAUCCUUUGGAUACUCACUUCGUGCCAAAAUCGACACCAUUCGUGUCCAUUUAUGGGAUCCCAAAGACUCUUGCAUCUAUGAGGCCGAUCUUCCAGUUAUCUUCCCAGAUGAAUUUGCCAGGGCUGUCUGGGAUCUUGGCAAAGAUGUAUUCGAGCAGGUCUAUUUGGGAACUGUGGGCAAAGCUGGAGCUACUGAGUAUUGGGCGAAUGCGCGUGAUCGGUGUGUCUGGUACCCGCCAGGUAUACCUGAAGAUUGCCACUCGGGCCUGAUACCGGUUUCUAUCUACGGUGACGAAGUGCAUGCAUACCGAAACACAGAUCCUGGUGCAGUUUCUGUUGUGGGCUGGGGUUCUGACCUCAGUUUCGGUAUUGAGGCCAUGCUUCAGUACGGACUGAUUUGUGUGUAUUCGGAAUACUGUGAGUGUGAAAGCACUUAUGGUGAUAUCAUGGAGGCAGUGCUUCCAAGAUUCCAAUACCUCUGCGAUCCACAUGCCCCUCACCCCUGGAAAGAUGAGUUUCGGUUCCUGCUGUGUGGAGUACGUGGGGAUCUUAAAUGGAUCAACGACAAGUAUAAGAUCCAUAACUAUCGCCUGAACGACUUUUGUUCUCGAUGUUCCUGUGUCAAGAAUGCCGAUAAUGUCUAUGAAACCAUCACAGCCUUCGGUGACCAGGCACAACAUGUGCCAGUGAGCAACUCUUCAUUCUGUGAUUCGUUGUGCAUCGAUGAGUGGCCCUGGCCGAUGAGGUAUGGUGUGCACCUGGAACGUUUCUGCCAUGACACUUGUCACAGCCAGCUUUUGGGCAGCGGCAAAUGCUUGAACGGAAGUGCAUUGACAUACCUUUGUGAACAAGGGUACUUUCAUGGUGGGCAAUUCGGCUCUGGUGUGUACGACGUGGAACUUCAGAUCCAGCUCCAGUUUGCAUACUCAGAUUUCCGUUCAUGGGCGAAGGCUGCGGGCCUUAAAAUUCAUCAUCCGAGAUUCACCUUCAACCGCCUCGCAUCAAAAGCCAUUGCCGGCAAGGCAGUGACGUUUUGGCUCGCGUAUCGCUGUCUGGAGUACGCGGAAAGGAAUGGUUCCACGCCGCUAGACCGGCUUGUAGCUGUCUGCGUUUGGAGCUAUGCAGAUUUGCUGCACCAGUUUGACUCCUGUCCACUGAUCUUAUCGGAUUCGCAGGCGAAACAGAUGUUCAAGACAGGACAGCGACAUUUGCAGACCUGGGCUACUCUGAGAAGUUUGAGUGCUGCAAUACCUUCGGGGAAGAUUCCCAACCGCAACCUUUGGAUGAUACUCCCGAAGAUGCACCACCUACAUCAUGCACUUCAAGAUGCUGUUGUCACUCGCAUCAAUCCGCACACACAGAACCUGCUUGCAGCUGAAAGUUGGAUCGGGGUUAUCGGACGAAUGGCCCG